AUGGACAGCGGGUGUCCUGCUGGCGUGCGCGUAUGUAAACACAAUUGCGCACACGCACAAGUUGAUGUAGGCACGCGAGCACGAGAGCGUUCGGGCGUACGCGAUGUGCGUUCUGUGUGGGACACACCAGGCGUGAGACACAAAGACGACAAAGAAACGACCGGGUCGACAAGACUGCACACGGACGAAACGCAAUGCGAGCGUUAG